AUGGGAACAAAGAGAAGAGAAACGCGACAUGACAGUGGGAAGAAAAAGAAGGAAAAUGGAAGCUGGGAGAUUCGACGAGGGAGGGGCCCCGAACCGGGCCAGGUAGGGGGGCCUGAACUAUCGGGACGCCGGAACAGCUCCUGUGAUGCGCCUGGGGUCGAGCAGCAGGGCUUCCCGGGCCGGCUGGGAAGAUCGGAGCGAGGCGCGCCGCAAGAACUCCGGAUGGUCGCACGAAGAGUGAGGACGGAGGUUUUUGCGAGACGCAAGUACUCGUACCCAAGUAUGGAGGAGCUGCAAGCUGGCUGGUAUGAGUACAUUGGAGUCCCUAUCGCGCACACAGACUUUACAGACUUGGAGCCAAAAAGCGAGCGUGGGAUUGGUGCCGGGUACUUCGCACGCAGGUGCCCUGUACCUUGGUAUCUAAGGUACUCCCGCAUUGGGUACUUUGGGGCUAGCUGGGAACAUGUUCCGGCUGCCGUGACCUUUUAUCGCGAUGCCACGCCUCUAAACCCAGCACGGCCGCUAACAACGGAGCUCUAG